GCCGAAAAGAGUAGUUUAGCAUUCUACCUAAACGAAUGCGGGCUCAAAAGUAAAUUGGAUAUGCCUUUUAACUGCAUAUUCAAGUAUUACAGAAAUGUAUUAAAAAAGGCAGAUGCCACAACGGCUAAACAAAUGCGCGAAAUAGCUAAAUAUUGUAUUGUUGAUGCCCUUAGUUGCCAAUGGUUAAUGAUUAAGUGCAAUGUGAUUAAUAAGUACAGGGAG